CUUGGCGGGGUCGAACGGAGGCGGCCGUCAGGGUGUUUUGGGCGCUGAUCAGAGCAUGUUCUGAUCUCAGAUUGAGCUGGAAAUCGGCUCUUCAAUCGUGGUUACAUUGAAUUCGGCCGAAGCAUCUCGAUUCUCCGAAUUCGUUGUUUGCCGGUAAUUCAAAUCGGCGGAAUCAGUCUUUUUUCUGGAGAAAUUGAAGGCAAAUCGAUCAGCUGCGUUGAGAAUUAGGUUUAAAUUUGAGACGAUUUGAUCGACAGCGGCAGAUGGAUAGCAGCAGGGGCAAACAGGCGGAAUCGCCAUCUUCACCGAGCACGGUCUUCAAGUUACCAGGAGAGCCUGCUGUCAUUAUCAAUGGCGUCACUGACAUUGGCCCGGCGAAGAACGACGCUUCCGUUGCUCUUGCUAUCGUCGAGAUUCCAGAAGAAUCGCAAGGCACGACGGCAGGAUUUCUUGGGACGCAAGGUUUUGGGGAUUGGCUGGAAGGGAGGAAAGUGAGGAAGCUGUUUGGGAACAAGCAUUUCUCUGGCACAGUGAGUCGGUACGACAAGGAAACUCGGUGGUACAGAGUGGUGUACGAAGACGGCGACUUCGAAGAUCUGGAAUGGAAAGAGCUGGAGCCGGUUCUUCUGCCUCUGGAUAUCACUGUUCCGCUGAAGACACUGGCACUGAAAGUUGUGGGACGAAGCCAGACGUUACCGCCUAAAGUUUGGAAAACCGGGUCUGCGACCAAAGCUAGAAAGAAGACUCAAGGUAUGGGAGACCAAAUUGCAUGAUCAGACUGUUUUGCUUGCCUUAUAAUUCGGUUGCCGGGUUGCAAUGUUCAUCUUGUUCUUGACGAUGCUGCUGCUGCUGCUUGUUCUUUAGAUAUGGAUACUGAUGUAAAUGGAAAUCUGAUUGAUCAAAGGUUUAAUAUAACGGUUUACUUUGG